AACACAUUACAACCAAUACUGCCCACCAGAGAAAACCUAGCAACCAGAAGGAAAAAAUGUCUGGGGUUUGGGUUUUCAAGAAUAAUGGGGUGAUUCGCCUUGUGGAAAAUCCGCAGGCCGAGACAUCUUCUAGGAGGAAGGCUUUGGUGCACUUGCCGAGUGGGCAGGUGGUGUCGUCCUACUCGAUGCUCGAGCAAAUAUUGACGGGGUUAGGCUGGGAGAGGUACUAUGAAGGUGAUCCCGAUCUCUUCCAAUUCCACAAGCGAUCUUCGAUCGAUCUAAUCUCUCUCCCCAGGGACUUCUCCAAGUUCAACUCUGUUUACAUGUAUGAUAUUGUCAUUAAAAACCCCAACGUCUUCCACGUUCGGGACGUGUAGACAUCUGUAUGACAUCAGUUGGUACCUAACGUUGUGUGUUAGUCUCGUUGAUAUAUUGUUGAUUUCUUUUUCUUUUUUCUUCAUAUCACUAGCUUACUUUGUUCUUUUAGUGAUUGAUAUGCUUUUGGGUUUGCUGGUAUACAUCGGGUGUAAUAAAGAGUACAUCUACAUGCAUGGUGAUUGUGUUAUUUGGGAUAUAUUGGGUUGCUUUGUAAAAUAUUUUGGCUUUGUAUCAUCUGAUAAUAAUAGUGUAUAUCAUUGAAAGAAGCAAAUG